AGGCUGGGCGUGGACCUCCUGGUGGACACGGAGCUCACCGUGUGGCUCGUGGAGUUCAACGUGCUGCGGAACGAGUACGGCCUCAGGGGUGCCAGGGGCCAAGACGCCAAGCUGCGGUUGGCGCAGCAGCUGCUGGAGGACGAGCGCGAGCUCAAGUCGGCCAUCUCCUCUGGUGUGGCUCUCGUGGCGAUCGGGUCGCCGCCGCCGGCGCGCUGGGAGGACUUGUCGCACGGCCUGUGGCCCGCCGCCCCGGCGGCGGGGGCGCCGCCCUGAGGCCCCGGUGGUGCACAUCAUGUCCACGACGAAGGAGGCCGAUCCUGAAAAGACGCACGUGGCGUUGAUGGCGGCGCUGAUGCACUUCGAGGGCGUCGUGAACGCCGACUUCGUCACACAUUCUGCAGAUGCGCUGGUUCCCCAGCCUGCAAUCGGCAUUGACGUAGGCAAGCUAGCAUCAGCCGCCUGCACGGUUCGUCUUACAUCGCAGAAGAAAACCACAUUAGCAUACAUUUUUGGAGCACGUGAUUUCUUGGAUCGGCGCUGGACCCCCCUGCACAGAGUGCGCCAGGGGCCGCGCCAGAGGCGCCACCUGGCGUGCCAAAGCGCCGAUCCAAGAAAUCCGCGCGGAGUUCCGAGAGUUGUAUGUUUGUGUUGUUUUGUUGUUUGUCUGCAGCAAGGAAGUCAGUGUGGCCUCUGACUGUCCUUGGAGAUCAUCUUUAGAUGCCCCGUUUGGA